AUGAUCGAAGAGGUGUGUGCUUCCGAAGCACCCCAUUCCCAACCCAACCCUGAGCUCUUUGUUAAGUUUGGUUCUAGGCGCACGAAGUUUACCUAUACAUUCUUAAGCGACUGCGAUCGGAACCUCUUCUGCGGCGCAGCAAUGGGACACUCUAACGUGUGGAACUCUCACCCCAAAAAUUACGGCCCUGGUUCUCGCACUUGCCGUGUGUGUGGGAACCCUCAUGGAUUGAUCAGGAAGUACGGCCUUAUGUGCUGCAGGCAGUGCUUCCGCAGCAAUGCCAAGGAAAUUGGCUUCAUCAAGUAUCGCUAA